GAUCAUAUUUCUGGAAUGCCUCGUGGCCCAACCUUAAUCCUGAUCGGAGCAGGAAGCUCCUCAGACGUGUUUCUGCAAUCUCCAGCAGCAGCGGUCUGGUCCGGUCCGGUCCAGUUCCUGGUUCCUCCUCCAUGGACUCUCACAUCAAGACGGGGAAAGUUUACCUGAAGCCGCACAAACCCCACAAAAAAUGGAAACUGGUCAGGCUGUCCCUGUUCGCGCCCAGCAGCAGCAGCGUGGGCCGCCUGGAGAUCGGGGACGGCGGAGGGGGCGCUGACCUGCGGAAGAAGGUGAAGGUGGUGCGCCUGUCGGAGCUGAUUUCAGUCCUGAGGCUUCCUCCCAACGCCGAGGCCUGCCACCUGGACAACAUGUCCACGUUUUGUGUGGAGACCGAAGACAGGACCCUGGUGUUCGCCGCUCCCAAAGACGACUGCCUGGAGUGGGUGGACAAGCUGCGUCACAGCAGCUUCCAGAGGGAGAAAAGUUCUGGAUCCAGUCAGGUCCACAUGGAGGAGAACCAGAUUUAUGCCUCAGCAGACGAAGCCCCUCUGUUCUGGGUGGUGGUUCAGAAGAACGAUGCAGCGACGCGAUGUGGCCUGCAGGGGUCGUACUGGCUGCAGUUGGAACAACAGUCGCUGCUGCUGAGAGACACGAAGACGAAGACGAAGGUGGUGGAGUGGCCCUACGAACUACUGAGGCGAUACGGCCAUGAUAAGGUGUCCUUCACCGUUGAAGCAGGUCGGCGCUGUGAAUCCGGUCCAGGAACCUUCUGCUUUGAGACUCAGCAGGCUGACAAGAUCUUCAACCUGAUCCAGAGUAACAUCAAGCGAAACGCUCUAGCUGCUGCUUCUGGAUCCCAGAGCCAAGACACGGAGAAAGUACUUGUCACCAACAUUCAACCUCAUUCCCCUCUACCCAAAAUCCCUGACCUGACCAACAUGGCUGACAUCCUGGAAAACAAGCUGAGGAUGCAGGACCGGAGAUCCCCGGUGUUUGACAAUAUGGCAAAGGGUCUGGAUGAGGUUGGUGCGUCAGACGGUUCUCCUGCUCCGAUCACCUUGAUGCCGCUUCCAUCGAUUCCUACGCUGGACGGUACCUCUAGAGACAAAAUCAAGAGCCAAUCCGACGCCAUAUAUGCUGAUCCAAAUGUCUGCGGCCCGUCUAUUGUGGUACCCAAACUAGCCAUUGCUCAGUACAUCGACCCGGCGAAGGUCCUUCCUCUGAAGCCACCGUUCUCACUGGACUCUGGCGCUGCUCUUCCCACCGCCUCAGACUCAAAACCCGACACGAAGGCCAGCAUUCCAGACUCAGUUUACUCAGAGGUUUACGACAAAAUCAGCCCAGACAAGAACAAGCAACCCGUUCUACAGAACGCAACAAAAACGUCCGAUGAACCCAUUUACUCUGAGCCCGUCUCCAGAAAAGAGUCAGACUGCCAGAAGCCUGAACCCAAACCCGACCCGUUCGCACACCUCUACGCUCAGGUCUGCAAAGCACCAACGUCAAGUAGGAACUCGGCGCCUGUCACCAUGACAACGACUUCCUCAGCCACGACAGCUUCUUCGACGUCCAUAGAGGAACCUCUGGACGAUGUCAUCUUUGAGAACCUGGGCAUCAUUUAAAUCACCUGGUUCCAUCAAACCUGAAAUCUGAAACUCCAGACUUUUUCAGUUUUUCUGUUUUCUUGGCUUUAAGUAAUAAACCAGAUUUAUUCUGCUGUGAUAUGAAUAUGUGACCGUCUCACCAGUCAGGACUUCACCUGCAUUGGAUCAUUUUUAACACAUUAAAUAUUUUCAUUUUAACAGCAGUUAUUACUUUAGUUUAUUCUGAUUACAGCUUAUUGCUUUGGUUUUGUGAAUACAUGCUCAUUAGCCACGUUCCCAAUUAGGCCUGUUUCUGUCUACUGGCCUCACAAAGCAUAAUUUCAAUAGUUGCUAACGCUACGCAUAGCUGUAAUUAAUACAGGUUGGAAGCCAGCAUGGACCGGAGACGUUUCUCUCCACCUGAACGUUUGUCAGAUCUCUUACUUGGAAAAUUUGUUUCCGUUUCUUCUUUAGCGCAUUAGCGGAGCGUAAAAACUUUUUUGUGAAAUUGAGGACAUUAUUUUGAAUUUUAGUUUCAUCAGCCUUUAUGCAAUGCUUCAAAAUGUACAUAAAAAAUCGAUGGAAACAUG